AUGGCACUUAUCCUGGAGAUAUCCCUGUUGGACAAAUGGAAGAAAGAGGCCCAAAGCGCCAACAAACUGAGUUUUGUUGAUCUGGUAAAACGUGGCGACGGAAUAAAGGGCCGUCUUCGGCAAGAGAUAGCAGCCAUUGAGGAAAUCACCCAUCCAUGGGCAGGAGGAUCAUUGCUAGCCACUUCAUCAGCAACUGCUAGCUCUAAGCCCCCAAUACCUACGCAUCCGGAAAUCAACAAGUUGUUCCUACUGGCAGCUAUAACGUAUCUCCAUGUUGUCAUUUCAGGUCCUUAUCCAGAAGUGCCGGAGAUUGCAGAAAGCAUCUCGGAAACAGUCCUCGCUUUCAAGGAUUUGAAAGAUCCGCAAUUAUUGCGAAGUUCGGUGUGGCCAUUCUGUAUUUCGGGAUGCUUGGCGCUGGAGAAACAUUAUGGUUUCUUCCGGGGUCUUGUUUCUAGAGCAGGUAUCUCGCAAAAUACUACUGGGGUGUGCUUCGAGGCCUUACAAAUCAUGGAAGAAUGCUGGAAGGCGAGGAUUACUUCCCCGAGAGUUGUGAUUGGGCUACAGCAAUGCAGCGACGUGGUUGCUAUGUUUUUCUGGGAUGAAGAAAACGGAAUGGAAAACAUAGUAAAACGAUGA